GUAACGAAGUACUGCGAAUAAACCGCGAUUGUUACUCUCGAGAGAAAUUUGCAAUAACCAAAAAGGGUAAAAAUUGAAGCGAAAGUAGCAGUAGCCAUUAGAUAUUUAGGAUAAGGUCUACGAUGUUAAUUGGAAAGUAAUUUAAUAACUAAACUCAGCACACAGUUCUCGCCAUGACAGCAGUGAAAAUUCAUGGUGGAAUUGACAUCUUGCGUCUUCCUGUUAAUCAAGAAGAACAUGUAUUUCCACCGUGGCAUAUUAAAUACACACAAUCACACAUACUUCAUUCAAAAUGUUCCAAAAGUGAAAACAGCUGUGGCAAUAAGGAUUCUAAUCCCUGUCAAUUUUGCAUUUUCAGCCGUACAUUAGAACUACCACAUAUGCCAGAUAUGGUAUUUCCAAACAAUAUACUAACUUUAAAGCAUCAGAAUGGUGCAACAUUACAAUUUAAUGCCUUAGAUGCUUUGAAAACUGUUUCAAAUGGAAAAAUUAAUAUUCAGCUAGCAUGUGCAGAAGCUUGGAAGGAAUCCAGAUCAGAGAGCAGUGAAUAUUUGGAGGAAAAACUAAAACCAUUUGAUUGGACAUUUACCACCACUUAUACUGGUACAAUAUCUAACUUUGAAGUACAGGAAACUAACGAGCGAAUUGAUGUGGAUAAGUUAAGGAGAAGAGAUAAGAUCUUGUUUUAUCAUGACAUAACAAUGUUUGAAGAUGAACUUCAUGAUAAUGGUAUUGCAGUGUGUUCUGUAAAAAUUCGUGUUAUGCCGACUAGUUUUUUCAUUUUAUUGAGAUAUUUUUUGAGAAUUGACGGUGUAAUGUUGAGGAUAAACGACACACGAAUUUAUCAUGAGUUUGGUCAAGAUUAUUUAUUGAGAGAGUAUACAUCAAGGGAAGCCAAAGUUGAAGAAAUACGCGCUCCUCCAUCACUUUUUAUUGAACCAAGUGAAAUAGCUCCACAUUUACCUUUAACUGGAUGUCAGUAUCAUAAACUAAUAAUUACUUCAAAUAAAACGGAAUCUGUUUAAAAUAAUGAAUGGGUUAAGGAAACAACAACUGGUGCUACAUCGGUUAGAGCCAAUACAAGUGAAGCAGACAGUUCUGUUACUUAAAAUUUGCACUUCCAUAUGACUGUAUCACAGUUUGAAAUAGCUAAUAAUUGAGCAAAAUUCUUACAAUUUGAC